CUGGUUGUUGUUGAAGCCAAAGAAGGGGGAGAAGCUAAUAUCCAGUGGAUCCACUGGUAUGGUUUAUUUGUGCCUUGCCACAUGAUGUAAUUCAUACAUACCUCUGUAUAUAGACAUUCAGGGAUUCGUGGAUUGAUUUGUACGGAAAAAAACUGAAAUCUCUCUCCGGCAUUUGGUGCUACUAGCGAUCUAGUUCACGGCUGUCACACCGUGGAGCUAGCUUUGCUAACGUUAGCUAAACUUGGAUUCAGAUUUCGCCUACUGGUUAUUGCUAGCUAGCUAGCUAACGACAGCGUCUGUCAUGAGCGAAGAUGACACCUCAUCAGCGAAUAACAACAAAGACUCGAGCAUUUCGCUUUUGCUCACCAAGGAUGGACAGACAUACUAUGUGGACAAGAGCGGUGUGGUCGAUAGUAGAAAUGUAGUCACGCCGCAGGAAUCCGAAAACAACAUGUACUCGUACGACAUGGAUGACCCUGACGAGGAGAGCGACGUGCUGGAUACAUCUGAUCCGAGGGAUAGCGCUCCAAGUCCCGAUGACCCUAACGACGAAGAGGCUUUCGGCGAGAAUGAGAACGUCUCCAAAUCCUGCACGUAUGAGGGUUGUCCAGAGACCACGAACCAGGUCGCCAAGCAGAGGAAACCAUGGAUGUGUAAAAAGCACCGCAACAAGAUGUACAAAGACAAGUACAAAAAGAAGAAGAGCGAUCAGGCGAUGUCAAGUGGAAAACUUGAAGACAGCUCAGAGGAAAGGCCUGUUUCUGUCAACAAGCAACGUUUAGGGAGUGUUGGGGACCGGCCAACUAGACCCUCGCUCAUAGAGCAGGUGCUCAACCAGAAGAGACUGUCUCUCCUGAGAAGUCCUGAGGUCAUCAGCUUCCUGCAACAACAGCAACGACUCCUGACCCAGCAGACCCACAGCCAAUCACAGCAGGAGUUCCAGGGCUGCUAGGGGCAACGGGGGGCUUGAAAAACAGUCGGCUAGGCUACUUCUCCUUGUUGGGGAUGGUGAGCAAAGCACCGUCUGAUCACACAUACUUGACUCUUCCAACCCCAGAACCAUUGGGGAGGUGGUCUGUUGGACGUCAGUUAUGGCGUUGAUAACGUUCGCAUCCUUGACGAGGAAAAACUAGGAUUCCAGAAAUGUGCUAAAAAGGAUACUGUUGCUCCGUCGACUGUUUUAUACUGUCUAGUCCUUUAGAAAUGCAGCUGAAGUGUUUUUAUGUAGAGCUAAAAUGUGACGUGAAAUUAUGAUUUUUUUGUAACUUAUUUAAAAUGGCGUUGUGUAACAUCAUCUCUCUGUAAGUAAGCUCUGUAAUGUAUGACAUUUCUCUAUGGUUAAGUUAUCAAGUCAAUGCUUGGCAUGUCUACACUUUUCGAUGAUUUUUUUAAAUUUUUUUUUUUAUGUGUGACAAUCAUGCUACCAUGUGUGCCACAGCCUGCAGACCUUAAGGCUAGUGGUCUGUCUGAGUUUGGCUACUGUGUGUAAGAAUGCCCAUAAAAAGAUUGAUCUCUUGUGACAUC